GUCCGCGGUGCUGAAACCAGACUUCCACCGCGAGACUGACACAGAGAUGCUCAGUUCAUUCACGAGCCUCAAUAGAAACUAAUUGUAAAGGCGUUACCAUGCCAUCACUCCACAAGACCUCUACCAGGGGCAAAUCUUUGCUCAUGUGCUUGGCCAACCUCCUUCUAGUCCACUUCUACCUCAGCUCCUCCUGUGUUGGUGUUCAGGGAGCCUCUAUCAGAGAGCACAGACUGAGAGGAAGUGAGCCAGACCUCUACCAGACUCCUGAUGCCGACAUGCUCAAAGCUCUGGAGUACAUCGAAAACCUCCGUCAAAGAACCAGCAUGGACUCCCAGCAGCGUGGCCCCUUCGCUGCAGGGUAUGAUAAUGACCACACAGAUGAUGCUGAGAAGCUGCGAGCCAUGCUGAGGCUGGCGUCUAACCCCACGCAGAGCGAUGAAGAGCAGGAGGAAGAGGAGGGGAGGGAGGAUAAGAGUGAAGAGUUGCUCCAGGCUGUUCUCAGCACACUCAGGCAAACAGAAAAGGCCUCCAGACCGGCUUCAGUUCGCCCUGGUGUGCAGCAGAACCAGCAUGUCAUCAGGCCUCACAGGAAGCUGCCGCUUCUGUUUGAGGAUGAGGAAGAGGGGCCAGAUCAGGAGCAUGAAGGCCCCUUUAAACGCACCAAUGAGAAUGUAGAGGAGAAGUACACACCUCAAAAUCUGGCAACCCUUCAGUCUGUGUUUGACGAGCUGGACAAGCUUACAAGUGUGAAACCCAUGCACAAGCGCCAAGAUGAGGAGGAGGAUGAUGAAGAUGAUGAUGACAUGUUUAAUGUAAGGAAUGUAGACUGGAGUCCGCUGCAAGAACAGGAAGAAGAAGAAGAAGAGGAAGGGGAAAGGGAAGACAAACAUGAAGCAAACCGAGGGCUUGAUUAUGUUGAUGAUGACGAUGAAGAUGUGGAUGAUGAAGAGGAGGAAGAUGAUGAAAGCUACCCAGUCAAGAGGUCAAACGAUCCCGAUGAUGUUGCAAACCUGGUGGACUAUUAUCUCCUGAAGGUGCUAGAGAAAACAGAGGAAGAAGAGCAGAAACGUGAGAUAGAAGAAGAGGAGGAGGAGAAGAGAGCAGCUCAGAUGCAGUACAGUGAAAACAUAGAUCCACAGGCCAUUUACCAACUCAUCCAGAUCUCCCAAAAAUAUCAGAUCCCACCAGAGGACCUGGUGGACAUGCUCAAAACUGGUGAGAACAAAGACAAGUUACAAAAGAAUGAAUUAUUCAGAGCAGGAAACAAGGCCCCUCAGAUGUCCUUAAAGAAGACUCACAAGAUUCCUGAAGCUAAAUUUAACAGCAGGCACCAAAAGACCCCAGAGGAGCUGAGGACGGAGGAGAUAUUAAACAUUCUCGGGUUAGGGGGCACGGAGGAUCAAACUCCUGUCACGAAGCAGUACAAAAGCCCUCAGUCACGACUUCACACUCAGCCUACGGGGCAUCUUGGGGAAUCCGCUUCCACUCAACAGCGACGCCUUUUUCCUGGCGCUUUAAAGGAUGACUAUGACGACAGCAUAGACGAAGAUGAACUGGCGGCAUAUUUGGCAGCUCAGAUGCUGGCACAGUAUCAGAACCCUGUGUACAGUAAUGACAAGAAGCAGAGCCAAAAGCGUAAAGAGGUUGGACAGAGCAUGACGGGCUCUUUUGAGCAGGCGAUACAGGACUAUUUUGAUCAGAUGGACUCAGAUAAAAGCUCAAAUGAGAAGAGACAGACUGGGGAUGAUGAGCGGGGAGGUGAAAUGCAACAGCAAGGCAUUGAUAAUGAGGCACUGAUGAAAUUGUUGAGCUAUCUGAACCCAGAAACAGAAGAGAGUGAUGCCAAAACUGCCCAAGGAAUAUAAAUACAGUUGUAGAUAUAUAUAAAUAUAUAUAUAUAGAUAUAAAUAUAUAUUGUUUUGGUGAAGGGAGCAAGUGCAAAUAAAGUAUUUUGAAGAAUAAACAUGCAGUUAACUUGAGUUAUUCUGUAGUUUUGCAAAAUCUCUUAUUCAUUAGCAGAAAUAUGAGUGUCCAGACAUUUAAUUGAUGCUUUUUUUAUGAAUUUGUUACUCAAAAAGACAAAAAGAAGUACAUGUGACUCACCAGCCUUACAUUUUAAAAAUACACGCACUCACACAGACACACAGAGCCAAAAUGAGUGUUGGA